AUCGAUAAGUCCGCAGCCCUGGCACAAAAGGCGUGCAGAGUUGUUCUCCAAAUUUCCUGUCGCGAAUCUUUAUUCAUUUAUAAUUAAUUGCAAGCCAUGGCCGAACUGGACGAUUUCUUCGCGAAAAAGGACAAGAAGAAGGGCAAGAAGACGACCAAGUUCGUGACCGCCGACGAGCUGGUGAAAAGCUUGGAGGACGGCGUCAAGCGUGAAGUGGUCAAGCCAAAAAAACCCGAGGCAGUCUCUGGCGGCGUGGCAGUGGUAGGCGAAAACGAGAACAGCGGCACCAAGGUGCCAGAGUCCGCCCCGCCCGUCGAGGAGGAGUGGAAGGAGUUCGAGGAGGAGCAGCGCAAGGACUACAGCGGCCUGAAGAUCGGCCAGCUGAGCACCAUCUCUUCGGCCCAUUCCAGAACUGCCCAGGAAUCCGCCGAGGCGAGGGCCGCUCGGGUGCCCUCCUCCGCUCCGGACGGUGGCAACUACGACGAGGACGAUGAGGACAGCAAUGGGUACGACAACGCGGACCCCAACAAGGAGCGCGUCGGGCACGGACCCUGGAAGAAGGUGAUCCCGGCCGAGGAGGUGAUGCAGAUCCCGGUGCCCGUGGAGGUGGAGAAGCCCUCGUCCAAGACCUACGUUUCACCCGCGCUACGCUACAGCCAGCAGGCCGGAAGCGGACUGGGAGGUGGUUCCAUUGGCGGCGCCAUGCGUCCUCGUCGCGCCGCCCCCGACAUCACCAACACCGAGUUCUUCCCAACGCUCAGUGCGGCGCGUCCGGAGGAACAGCGCAAGAAGAAAAACGAACCCGCCUUCGAAGAAGUACGCCACGGUGGCCGCUUCCAGCGCGUCCAGGAGUCCACGACUGCCCCGGUGGCGGCCUCAAACCGAUUCCAGUCGCUCGACGACGAAGCCAGCUAGGUCCAGCUCCUGCCAACGUUGCUGUUGCUGGCCACGGAAACCGCUUUCUACCACAGUGUCCGCUGCCGAGCUCAAGUCAUCCACGGGUUCUGCGCCAGCACAUGCAGAUUUUCU